AGCUGAGAGUGUCACCCUUUGAAGCUGUUAUUUCUGUGAAAGCAAAAAUUCAAAGAUUGGAAGCAUUUCAGAAGGUUGUACCUUGAAGCUAGUAUUGGCUAUGCGUGGUGGACCUAUAAAUACUAAAAAAGUUCCUAUGGAAGAUCCAUUUAGGGAGAUGGCUGAGUACAUGGAUUCUAGUCGAGAUGAAGUCUGGGAGAAGACCUCCUGCAACAAACAAGUUACAUUUUUGGUAUACCGAGAAGGAGAUCAAUUGAAUUUCUUUCGUGUAGUAGAUAGGGGAGAUGGCACUUUAACACCGUUGUCUGAAUCUUUAAGUGGUGGUUCUGUGUAUAAUUUGUAUAUGGAUGAAGAUGAAGAAAUUGAGCCUUCUCCUUCUGGACAACAGAUAAUUGAAAAUUCAAUAACUAUGAAUAAGAUGAAGCUUCUUAAGGCUAAGAUGGAGAACAUGAAUCUCAGCAAAAAGCCUAAGAAAGCUGUCAAGAUAAAACCCCAUCCACCUAUAGCUCCUCGACCUUCCAGUGGUUCCACGGCAGCAGCUCGCCACAGGCUGUUGAGAGCCCUCCCUCACAUUGGGCAGUCUUGUUUACAUUCUCCUGGGAAUGCACAUCUACCUGAAACAUCCAGGAAUGCAAUUUCAAGUUUGGCAGCUCAGCCCCCUGCUGAUAGACCUAUAUUGUCUGUCACUAGUGAAUUUCUUAAGGAAGAUGAUAACUGGGAGAGUAACAUACCAUCUCAUUCCAACGGUAGCAUCAAACUAUCACCUCAGAUACCCCAUAUGAGGUUGGAAAAUGACAAAAAGCUUGCUGAUUCUAUUUUCCAUCUGGGAUCAUCCCUGCCUAGGUGGACAAAACACUUUUCAGGAAACUUACCAUCUAAUAAUGAGGAUGACACUGUCUUAUUUCCAACUUCAGAGGAGUGUGUUACUGAAGAAUCACUUCUCCCUGAAGUGAGUUCAUCUGCUUCGUUUACAGAAGGAAAUGCUGAUGAACAGAGCAGUGGUUUAGAAGGGAUACGAAAGGCAAAUCCAGAAUUCUUACUCACUAACAGUGAUAAAGGGUUGAAAGCUACAGAGCAGCAUCUUAAACAUGUUGCAAGAGUGUUGAGCAGUGAAUCAGUAGAAACUACAGUUCUUAACCACCGUGAAUUAAGUCCUCAGAAGAAGAGACUCUUGUCACCUCUUUGCUGUUCUGCAUCAGUGUCACUACCCAAUUCUCUGGUGAAACUACAGAGACAGUCCAAAAGUUUUGAAUCUGGGAACCUCCAAACUUCCGCCUCACAAAACAUGCUCCCGUCAUUGGAAGUUCGAAACAUAACUGAUUCUUCUUUCUCUAGGACUACUCGCUUUCAAGGUAUAAAAGUUGAUUCACCUGGGAAAAAAUCUGAUGUUAUUUCCAAAACUGAGGCUUGGGAUAUCACAGAAGUGGCUAACAAGGUUUCCAAAGAGCCAGUUGGUUGUGUAAACAAUAUCAGUUUUCUUGCUUCACUGGCCCAGAGCUCAAGCAGAGACAGUUUACAGAGCAUACGUGGGGCAGGCCGGCUUCGGACCUCUGGAAUUGGGCUGUCUACAGAUGACCAGCAUUUUCAGGAAGCCUGCCUUAGGAAAAGUUCUCCCCAGUUAGAACCGACAGAAUUUUUCCUAUCUGCCCGUGGUAUUGGAAUGAAUGGAAAUAAUGCAGCAGCAGGGAAAAGAGUAGGAGAAUGUAUUCAUCACCUCCCACCUGUGAAAGCCGCUAUUCAGGCAAAGAAGAAAACAACAAAGCAUUGUUUUCUUUGUGGAAAGAAAACAGGACUGGCUACUAGCUACGAAUGCAGAUGUGGAAACAACUUCUGUGCCUGUCAUCGCUAUGCAGAAACUCACGGCUGCACCUAUGAUUACAAGAGUGCAGGGAGGAGAUACUUGCAGGAGGCAAAUCCUGUGGUUAAUGCACCAAAACUUCCAAAAAUCUAACUCUUCCUCUGCACCUUACUGUUCUGCCCGAGGAAUUGUAUUAUAAUAACAGAAGAAAUAUUGUUUAGACUGCAUUAUUUUUGUUCAACUCCAAAAGAUUUGCCAAAUAACAAAAGCAUACGAUGUAUACUGCUGGAGAAUGAGAAUGAUACCGUAUGUGACAUCUUUAUUCUUUGGUGAAUCAAAAAUUUAAAAAAUAGUCUUAAAAACUUUACACUAUAAGGGUUAACUUUGUUAUUGCAUGUCUUGUUUAAAUGUUUUAAUUUAAUAUUGCAGUUUCACUAGACAAGUCUUCAUAAGAUGCAGGAUCGGAAGUUAAUACUGACUGUGUAACCAGGCUUCCAAGAUGUACAGAGGCCACGUAGCGGCUUCACUCAAAUCAACCACACCUGCCUGCCUGCCUGCCUUUUCUUGGUAGGAAUGGGAUGGGUGAGGAUUUUUAUUUUUAAUCCCAUGUGUGAAAGUUUAUUGGAUUUAAUAGCA